CAAUAACUUGCAACCACACGGUUUCGUUAGGAAAAUUCAAAUGUGCUGCUCUACCUAAUGAGUUGUGGUAUGCUCAUAUAUGCAAGGACAUGGAUCAGUCACAAACACUGGGUCCAAUACUCAUUAUACUUGUGUUGAGUGUCAUUUCUGAGCAUCUAAAUGGUCAUACUCGCGCCAUCCUUUUGCUCCGUAGUUUUUCUAUUGCUGAAGUUAUUGAUUUCCUCCAAAUCUCUGUUGGGUGCUCAUUUCCAAGUGGUAUUACCAAGUGCACUUCACUCCUUCAGUUACCACAUUUUCCAUUGGUGGCACAAUGGUUUCUUUGGAAUCAUCUAUUUGCUCUAUUGUCAGCUCUGCUCUUUGCAAGUACCUCCCAUGUUGAAUUGUUGAUUGUUAUCCUUGUCAAGAAGCUUAAUCCCAAAUUCUUUAUUUUUGGGAGAGUUGGGUCAAAGACUUCUCUUAUGCCACAGAAGGGUGAGUUUGUCCAGAAUAUCGACAACGUACGGGAAUCAUGUGGUCUUCAUAUGAUUCAGACGGCCAAUGAAAUUCAUGACAAGUUUGCUGCAACCUUGGUAUUUGUUGAGACCAGAAUGAGAGCCCAAGAUGUUGCACAUGCACUAGUGGAGCUCUUGAACAAAUAAUUGGCAUACCAAUUAUUCUACACACUCAUUGUCUUAUGGUGGACUACGGAACCACUGGUAUGGUGGCACUUACCUUGGGAGCCAGCAUUGAUCCCUAUGACACACUUUCCACUGUGUUUCUCAAAGGAAGCCCUUAGCUUAUUGCUCAGCAUUAUAUACCUCCGGGCAAGUGAACGUGUGAGUAUGAGACCCAUACAUUCUACAGCUCCUGGUUGGCUGGUUACAAUUUUAGAGUUCAGAAAGUUGUGAAGAACUGCCCCAUCCAUGAAUUCAGUUGUGCAUUCCACGGUGAACAAGAUGCAUUCAAUUCGAUUGUGGCAGUAAUGCACAUAUCAAUGUGCAAAGCAAUGCAUUCAAUUCGUGAAGGAAUUAUUCAAGGUUUCAGGGCAGUGCUUCCACACUCAUUUCCAUGCUCUGAUAAGCCCAUGCCCGCCGUCCCUCAGGUGGAAAUUGCAAGUGUUGUCACAAAUAUUGCAGCUGCCUAUGAAUCAAUGGUUGUGCUCGAGCAGACAGUGAAGUUGUUAAACAUGGCAUUAACAAUCUCCAGAGAUGGCCCUGAUCAGCAACUUUGCAACUUCUCAAGCUUGAGGACAAGCUUGCUUUCAAGGGGGAAGGACUUGUUAGAGCAACUCCAGCGGAAGGUAUUUUUUCUUGUCAAAUUCAAAUUUGACUGUUGAUGUGGAUUUUGACAGUUUCAUUCAAAAUUUACUCCAACCGAUCUGUUAAAAGAAUAGGUACUGUUUCA